CCGACUGACAUUCAGUCAACUGCAGCCAGCGCUAAUCGAAACAAAAUGCAAACCAUUCUCCGCCUUUGGUUGCUGCUUGGAUUAAUCUAUACUGCGAUCGGUGCAUCGGGAAUAUUUCAGAGUAUAAACAUAGGUGGCGCCGGAGGAGGACUAACCAGAUCUUCAGGUAGCAACGAUGACUGGAGCGAUAGCGUCCACAACGCUGAUGUCGAUAGGGCCCUGAAGCUACUGGAAACACUGGAUAACAGCGGCAAUGAUAGAAACAACUGGGGAAACGAUGCCGCUAGUACUUCUGGAUUUGAUGCCGAUAGACUUAGGGAUGAGUCCAGAGAGGACGCUCGCGUUUUCCAAUUAAUUAACUUAGGUUAACUUGCCGGAUCCUGAAAUAUUACUAUUUCAAAAUGCUAACUUUUCUUAGAAAACUAACGAAGGGUAGAAAAUGUAUGGGAUGCAUAGUAAUUAAAUAAUUAAUCACUAACUGUCGGUAUACUUAUGUA